AUGAGGGCACACAAGGGGGCUUGGGCUGCAGUGGAAGCUCUAGUCUGGAAGAUUUGGAGAUGUAGGAAUGAUUUGGUUUUUAAUGACAAAACUUGGAGGCCAGAUAUGGCAUGCAAUGAGGCAAUGCGAGAUGCAUCUGAUUUUUUAGCAACCAAUGGGAGAUUGGAAGGAAGCAAGAAUGAUCAAAUAUCACAACCCCCAGGGAGUCAAUUAACAUGGCAGCAACUUGAAAGUGGAUGGAUCAAAAUUAACUUCGAUGGGGGAGUGGACGUUCGGGGAAAAAAGAGUGGUCUAGGAUUGGUUGCUCGUGAUGAAAAUGGAGCAUUCCGAGCGACUCGAGCAGUUAACAUCGGAAAUUUGGUGCAUCCUUUGGUGGCAGAAGGUAUGCCGGCGGCAAGAGAGGGUCUCCUUUUUACGCAAGAGCUUGGGUUUACGCGAAUUCAGUUGGAAGGUGACUCGCAGCAAAUUGUUAAUCUGAUCCAGCGAAAGGGAAUUUACUGUUGCGUAUUUAGAGUCUUGUAA